ACGAUUGCCGGUGGCAUCUCACUUCUGUUUACAAACUUCAGUGAUAACCAUCUAGCAAGUGUGUUUGAGUAACAGAUGGCGACCGUCACUGACUUUUACUAUGACAAGAGCAUCUUUAUUACUGGAGGGACUGGUUUCAUCGGGAAAGUGCUUGUGGAAAAACUGCUCAGAUGCUGCGACGUCAGGCGGAUAUAUUUGCUCAUGAGGCCACGCGGCGGCCAGGGCAUGAAGCUAAGGAUGAGGCAGUACAUCAGUUCCAGAGCAUUCGACAAUAUUCGUGCGGACCCACACAUCUUUACGAAGCUUCAGAUGAUGCGUGGUGAUUUGCUGUCAGAAAAUCUGGGCCUAUCCGCUCAAGAUAAGCAGAUAUUGCUGGACGACUGUCAGAUUAUCUUCCACUGCGCUGCGCAAGUCAAGUUUGACGCAAAUAUUCGUGAUGCUGUGAACAUGAAUGUGACAGGAGUCCAAAGGAUGCUAGAACUGGCUGCUACACUGAAUCGUUUAGAGGUGUUUGUACAUCUGUCGACCACAUACUGUCGCCCAGAUCUGCCUGUAUUGGAAGAAGUGCUGUACCCAGCCAAACAUCAGCCGUGUGACGUGAUACGUGCCACGCAGUGGAUGGAUCUUGAUACUUUGAAUCUUAUGGAAAAGAAAUUGAUAGCACCACAACCAAACACCUAUAGCUAUACAAAGUCUCUGGCGGAAGAACUCGUCUCGCAGUAUGCAGGCAAAUUCCCCAUUGCCAUUGCACGGCCAUCUAUUGUAACAGCGUCAUUAAAGGAACCUCAUCCUGGAUGGGUUGAUAACAUGAAUGGACCAACCGGUAUCUUCGUUGGAGCUGGGAAAGGAGUCGUUCGUUCGAUGCUCUGUGAUCCCAAGCAGCAAGUAGAUGCCAUGCCAGUAGAUUUAGUAGUCAACGGGUGCAUUCUACUCGCUUAUAACACAGCAUUACAAAGACCCAAGGAAAUUGUUGUCUUCAACCUCGCCCGGUCUGACAAAAAUCCCAUCACCUGGGGUGAAGCUGUUGAUCUAGCUCGCUCAAACGUCGCAGAAUAUCCAUUUACCACGCCGCUAUGGUACCCCGGGGGUUCGCCGAAGACGAACAAAUUUCAUCAUUACAUCGCGGUCCUCUUCACUCAUUUGCUGCCAGCCUAUCUCGUUGACUUCUAUCUCGUUUUAGCCGGCCAUAAACCAUUCCUAGUUGCGAUACACAAACGAGUGAACUACGGCCUUCGAAUCCUUCAAUACUACACUGUCCAGUCCUGGAGAUUCACAAAUGAACGCUAUCUGUCCCUAAGCGAUACAAUAUCCAAGGAGGAAAAUGAAGUCUUUUAUACUGAUCCCGAGGCUAUCGACUGGAACAGCUACGUACGCAAUUAUAUCAAAGGUGCGAGGGAGUUCUGUUGUGGAGAAGACCCGGCAACAUUACCACAGGCCAGACAAUUGCACCAAAGGUUAUUCUACAUGGACCUACUUCUGAAAAUAUUUCUAACAUGUUCUUUAUUAUACUUUGUAAGUUACGUUAGUUUGAAAGUAUCCAGUAUUUUUUAAUUUUAAACAUACAUUAAAACCUAUUUGAAAAUUCUUUAUAUGGAAUAUUCACGCCCAUAUAUGCGAGUGUUAUUAAUAGCCCCAAUGAUACGGUUUCUUCUGUUUCGUAUCUCAAGUCAUGAUCUCAACUUCAGCUGACAAGCAAUAUUUCCGCUAAUUGUUCCAAAUUUAACUUUCCGUAGUAAAUUUUAAGUUGAAAGUCACCUUUAAGCUACUGUAAACGACUUCACACGAAAACUAAAAGAGUUGGGUUAGCUAAGUUCAAUCACCCAAACCAGACAUUAACUUAGGUAGCUAAAUCACUGUUCUUUAUUUUGGAGACUAGCUCUGUUUAUAAUUGUACUCUGCGGACCUGAAAUUAUUUAGUAGAAUUAUAAUUGCAGGUUUUUGUUGCAAAUAGAAUACUUUUGGUUAGGCAUGGUAUCAGGGGAUAGAUAUUGGUGGAUAAAACUGUAGGACAGAACCCAAUUUUUUUUGAAAAUAUUCCUAGUCAUUACGGAUAACGUAGAGUUCUAACAAUUAAAAAAAAUUAAAACAGUCAAUUUCAUGCAAACAAAAAGACCAAUUAUUCCUCCUAUUAAAUCUAAUUCGACCCAAAAGGCACAGAAUUUUUUAUGAUUUUCGACAUAUUAAAUGAUGCUUAGAGAUUGUGACGUCACGAUAACUAUGUCUAUGUGUCCAGUAGGAUAUUAGAAAGAAUGACUUUAUGAGCAUAAAUCGCUCACGGAAAUAAGAUCAGUGAAAAAAAUACAUACAACAAUAAUAUAAAUGUUAUAUAACCUAGCCUAUAAACGGAUAGCUUCCAAAAUACUGUAAUAACGAAUCAUAUAAUUCUCGAUUUCUGGAUCACAUAUUUAUGGUAAUAGCUAUCGUGUUAAGUAAAACACACGAUGUAUUUGUCUGUUAGCGUGUACAAUUAGUUGUAAUGUUAAUUUUAUUUGUUCCUAGAUGUAAGAUUAAAAACCGAUAGCUAUUUUAAAUAUACUUUAUUAUCUACGGGUUCGUAACGUGAUUAAUAUUCGGGAUUAUGUAUUCCGUUUAGGUUUACUGUCUAUCAUUACAUGUUAUAAUCGUUAUUAUACGUAAUUCACAUAUAAACAUUUUAUCUAUUACGUAUUUAUGUACCUUAGGGGCCAUUUAAGUAUUACGUAAGCACUAUAAGCGGAGGGGGUGGGGGGGGGUUUAAUUUAACUUUUUGAGCAAUUAAUUUUUAUACAUAUUACCCACACAUUGUCUAUGCUUGAAAACGUUCAUUUCAGAUUCCUACAUAAAAAUAAUACAUUUAUGUACUGUAUAACGUGCUUACUUUUGCUCACAAGGGCCCCCCCUUUAUGCAGAUUAAAUUUAAUUAAAUCUGCUUACAUAAUACUUGAACGGCCCCUUAGACAUAGU